GACAAUACAAAGUACCCUCCCAAUAUCCAGAAGCUCUUCGCUCCCAGACCUCCUCUUCCCUACAUCGAGUCCACCGACUAUGCCAGCGAAACUCGCCGUACCAGCACAGUAACUCCCAUCUCCUCCGUCAAGGACAGCAUCAAGGCGUACCUCCAGCAAUUGCCCCAGAUCGAGCAGGAACACCCUCAACCAGCCCCCAGUGAGCAGCAGACAAAGCUCAAGCUCAGCCAGGAGCGCAAAAAGCAGCUCCAGCAGUCAUUCGCCAGGCAGGUCCGCGAAUGGAAUGACCCUGAGCUCUUGCAGAAGAACGAGAAGGAGUUCAUGAAGGACCCCUACCGCACGGUGUUCCUCUCGCGGCUCGACUACCAACUCACCGAGCUCGAGCUCUCCAAGCACUUCAGCAAGUACGGCGUCAUCGAGUCGGUACGAGUUAUCCGCGAUCGCGACGGCAAGUCCCGUGGCUAUGCGUUCUUGGUGUACGAGAAGGACCACGACGCAGCUGCAUGUGUCAACGAGUUGGCCAGAACAGGAUUGAAAUUGCCUGUAGGCGACAAAACACCCACCAGGUCGAUCUUGGUGGAUAUAGAGAGAGGAAGAAUCAUACGAAGCUGGAAGCCUCGCAGGUUAGGCGGCGGUUUGGGGGGAAGACACUACACUAAGCCCGAUGCCAGGGGCUCCAAUACUGCCUCUGCAGCGGCCAGUGGCAGAAGAAUUCACAUCGCGAACAACCCGCAGUUUCCUACC